CAGCCUGAAAGUGCCCGCCCUUUCAACUACAGAGCUUACAGAGGCAGAAAGCAGUGAGUGGGGAGGUUGGAUGGUUGGAAGCAUCAAAGAUGAGUACAGUAGACAAGAUGCUAAUAAAGGGCAUCCGGAGUUUUGAUCCGGAAAACAAACACGUCAUCGCCUUCUUCAAGCCCUUAACUCUCAUUGUUGGUCCUAAUGGCGCUGGCAAAACCACCAUUAUCGAGUGUUUGAAGCUUUCAUGUACCGGAGAGUUGCCUCCUAACGCAAGGUCUGGUCACAGUUUCAUCCAUGAUCCCAAGGUUGCAGGGGAGACGGAAACGAAGGGACAGAUAAAGCUUAGAUUCAAGACAGCUGCUGGUAAGGAUGUGGUGUGCAUAAGGUCGUUUCAGCUGACGCAAAAAGCUUCUAAGAUGGAGUACAAGGCAAUUGAGAGUGUCCUUCAGACAAUUAAUCCUCACACCGGAGAGAAAGUUUGCCUUAGCUAUAGAUGUGCUGACAUGGAUCGAGAAAUACCUGCUUUAAUGGGGGUUUCAAAGGCUGUCCUUGAAAAUGUUAUAUUUGUGCACCAAGAUGAUGCCAACUGGCCACUGCAAGAUCCUUCAACAUUAAAAAAGAAGUUUGAUGAUAUCUUCUCUGCUACCCGGUACACUAAGGCGUUGGAGGUCAUUAAAAAGCUUCACAAAGAUCAGGCUCAAGAAAUAAAGACAUAUAAGCUGAAGUUAGAGAAUCUUCAAAUCCUGAAAGAUGCAGCGUAUAAGCUUCGAGAAAGCAUUGAACAAGAUCAAGAGAAAACAGAGUCAUUAAAAAUUCAAAUGCAGGAAUUGGAAAAUAACAUCCAAAAUGUGGAUGCCAAGAUACAGCAUACUGAAGCAACUUUAAAAGACUUGCGGAAGCUACAAGACCAGAUAUCAACUAAAACUGCUGAAAGAAGCACCUUGUUUAAGGAGCAGCAGAAACAAUAUGCAGCUCUUGCUGAGGAGAAUGAAGACACUGAUGAAGAAUUAAACGAAUGGAAAACCAAGUUUGAAGAGAGAAUUGCACUCUUAGAAUCUAAAAUCAGCAAGUUGGAGAGGGAAAUGGAUGACACAGAGACAAAAGGUUCUUUCCUUAAGCAGACAAUCAAUGACUAUAUCUGGGAGACAAGCAAACUUCAAACUGAAGCUGAAGUUCAUUCCUCCUUGAAGAAUGAAAGAGAUUCAACUAUUCAAAAACUUUUUGCAAGGAAUAAUUUAGGGUCUCUUCCCAGUGUCCCCUUCAGCAAUGAAAUUGCUUUGAACUUCACAAACCGAAUAAAAACAAGGUUAAUGGAUCUUGAGAAGGACCUGCAAGAUAAAAAGAAAUCAAUUGAAAUGGAACUUAAGGUGGCGUGGGAUCGUUACAUGGAUGCAAAUGACCAUUGGAAAGAUAUAGAGGCUCAAAAACAGGCUAAAGUAGAGAUCAAGAGUGGUAUUUUGAAACGCAUUGAAGAGAGGGAAAAUGAGCGUGAUUCAUUUGAACUCCAAAUUUCUAAUGUUAGUCUGUCUCACAUUGAUGAAAGAGAAAAAAAUUUGAGAAUUGAGGUUGAGAGAAAGACAAACCAGCUUGCUGAACGAGAAUUUGAGUCAAACAUCCGUCAAAAGCAGAGUGAGUUGUAUAGCAUAGAGCAAAAAAUUAAAGCUCUUAAUCGAGAGAAAGACAUCAUGGCUGUGGAUUCGGAGGACAGAGUGAAAUUGUCUCUGAAGAAGGGAGAGUUGGAAAACCACAAAAAGAAACAUCGAAAGAUAAUGGACGAAUACAAGGACAGAAUCAGGGGAGUGCUGAAAGGGAGGCUUCCUCCUGAUAAGGAUUUGAAGAAGGAAAUUACGCAAGCCCUAAGGGCUCUUGGAAUUGAGUUUGAUGACUUGAACUCAAAGUCCCGUGAAGCUGAGAAGGAGGUGAAUAUGCUGCAGAUGAAAAUAGAAGAAGUUAACAAUAACCUUUCCAAAACUUAACAAGGAUAUGGACUG